CCGCCUAUGCUUCCCGGGGCCAGGUGCCCAUGAAGCCCCUCACUGGAGCCCAGCCCGACUCUCCCCACGCAGGCACCAUGUUCCGAAAGAAAAAGAAGAAACGCCCUGAGAUCUCGGCCCCACAGAACUUCCAGCACCGUGUCCACACCUCCUUCGACCCCAAAGAAGGCAAGUUUGUGGGCCUCCCACCACAAUGGCAGAACAUCCUGGACACACUGCGGCGCCCCAAGCCCGUGGUGGACCCUUCUCGCAUUACGAGGGUGCAGCUCCAGCCCAUGAAGACUGUGGUGCGGGGCAGCUCGGUGCCCAUGGAUGGCUACAUCUCAGGGCUGCUCAACGACAUCCAGAAGUUGUCGGUCAUCAGCUCCAACACCCUGCGUGGCCGCAGCCCCACCAGCCGGCGGCGGGCACAGUCCCUGGGGCUGCUGGGGGACGAGCACUGGGCCACGGACCCAGACAUGUACCUGCAGAGCCCCCAGGCUGAGCGCACCGACCCCCAUGGCCUCUACCUCACCUGCAAUGGGGGCACACCAGCAGGCCGCAGGCAGAUGCCGUGGCCAGAGCCACAGAGCCCAAGGGUCCUCCCCAAUGGGCUGGCCACCAAGGCACAGUCUCUAGGCCCCACGGAGUUCCAGGGCGCCACGCAGCGCUGCCUGCAGCUGGGCACCUGCCUGCAGAGCUCCCUACCCGGCGCCUCGCCCCCCGCAGCCUCCAGUAGGCACGGGACCAAGGCUGCCAGGCACGGUUCCGAGGAGGCCCGGCCACAGUCCUGCCUGGUGGGCUCGGCAACAGGCAGGCCGGGCGGGGAGGGCAGCCCCAGCCCUAAGACCCAGGAGAGCAGCCUCAAGCGCAGGCUGUUCCGAAGCAUGUUCCUGUCUACUCCUGCCACGGCCCCUGCAAGUGGCAGCAAGCCGGGCCCUCCCUCCCAGAGCAAGCCUAACUCCUCUUUCCGACCACCGCAGAAAGACCCCCCACCAAGCCUGGUGGCCAAGGCCCAGUCCUUGCCCUCGGACCAGCCCAUGGGGACCUUCAGCCCUCUGACCACCUCGGAUACCAGCAGCCCCCAGAGGUCCCUCCGCACAGCGCCUGCUGCCGGCCCACCCCCAGGCCGGUCCUCCCCCGCGGGCUCCCCACGCACCAGGCAAACCCAGAUCAGCACCAGCAACCUGUACCUGCCCCAGGACUCCGCGGUGGCCAAGGGCGCCCUGGCUGGCGAGGACACAGGUGUUGUGACACAUGAGCAAUUCAAGGCUGCACUCAGGAUGGUGGUGGACCAGGGUGACCCCCGGAUGCUGCUGGACAGCUACGUGAAGAUCGGCGAGGGCUCCACGGGCAUCGUCUGUCUGGCCCGGGAGAAGCACUCAGGCCGCCAGGUGGCCGUCAAGAUGAUGGACCUCAGGAAGCAGCAGCGCAGGGAGCUGCUCUUUAAUGAGGUGGUGAUCAUGCGAGACUACCAGCACCUCAACGUGGUGGAGAUGUACAAGAGCUACCUGGUGGGCGAGGAGCUGUGGGUGCUUAUGGAGUUCCUGCAGGGCGGGGCCCUCACAGACAUCGUCUCCCAAGUCAGGCUGAACGAGGAGCAGAUCGCCACUGUGUGCGAGGCCGUGCUGCAGGCCCUGGCUUACCUGCAUGCCCAGGGUGUCAUCCACCGGGACAUCAAGAGUGACUCCAUCCUCCUGACCCUCGAUGGCAGGGUGAAACUCUCGGACUUCGGAUUCUGUGCUCAGAUCAGCAAAGAUGUCCCUAAGAGGAAGUCCCUGGUAGGAACCCCCUACUGGAUGGCUCCCGAAGUGAUCUCUAGGUCUCUGUAUGCGACUGAGGUGGAUAUCUGGUCCCUGGGCAUCAUGGUGAUUGAGAUGGUGGACGGGGAGCCACCCUACUUCAGUGAUUCCCCAGUGCAGGCCAUGAAGAGGCUCCGGGACAGCCCCCCACCCAGGCUGAAAAACUCUCACAAGGUCUCCCCAGUGCUUCAAGAUUUCCUGGAACGGAUGCUGGUGCGGGAGCCCCAGGAGAGAGCCACGGCUCAGGAGCUCCUGGACCACCCUUUCCUGCUGCAGACGGGGCUGCCCGAGUGCCUGGUGCCCCUGAUCCAGCUCUACCGCAAGCAGACCUCCACCUGCUGAGCCCACCCCAGAGCGCACCUGCCACCUCUGCCCACAGGCGGGGGACACUGGGCAGCCAGCCUGCCGGCAGGGCCUGCCUGCCUCGUUCUCUCAGUAUUCUCUCCAAAGAUUGAAUGUGAAACCCCACCCACACCCUCCUGCCCUUCAGCCCACUGGGCCAGGCCGGACCUGCCCCUUGGUCUCUCUCCCUCCCAAGAGAGUCCCCAGUUGCCUUUGGGAUGAUGGAGACCCCUUCUACAGGAUGACCCUUCGUUAUUUGCACAGGGAUAUUUCUAAGAAACGUGGAGACCAGCACUCCUGGCCACUGUGGCCAACCCAGCAGAAAAAGCUGGUGUUUUUUAAAGGUAGUUGUGCACUAGCAUCCCAGGCCACCCAAGAGGGCAGACUGCCUGUCUUCACCAGGAUACUUGCUGUUCUCAGCUCCAGCUCUAAACCCUGGGGUCUCAAGAGGGCCACAGGGAAGGUUUCUACUGCCUGAAGCUGUCUUCCUCCCUCGUGUCUGACUUCCCGAAGGUACAGUCCGACCUGCACCUGCUUCCCAACCCACCUGCACUGACAUCACUCUCCCUGCACAGCCUACCCUGAAGUGUGAACAGCCUGCUCGCAGGCCAGGGAAGGAGGAGGAGCAUUUUUUCUGGGAGAAAGAGAAAGAAUGGAGUUAGUGGUAAACGUGGUCUCACUUUACAGGAUGGAGAGAACAUCGUGUGUGUGUGCGUGUGUGUGUGUGCAUGCGCGCCUGUGUGCGUGUGCGCACGUGUGUGUGUGUAAGUGGCAGACGGUCACCCCGACAGCCUGGCUCCCUUCAGGUCACCCACGGCCAGCAAUAAGGCUUCUCCAUCCUUUCUGCCACUAAGUUCUACUCUGAAGGGACCUGCUUUCUUGGCCUGGCUUCCCACCUCCCAAGGAUCUUGUCUCUACCUGACCAGCGAAGAGAUCUGCGUUGAGUCUAGUGCAUCCUAGGGGUUUGGCAGAUUUCUGAGUUUCGCCUAUAUUGUGGAGUCUCAGAGCCAGAGACAGGAAUGGUGAGGGAACAGACUUUGUUUUACCUGUGAGCUUCAUCUCAAUAACCAGGUCAUCAAGGACCCGUUCUUUCAAAAUCUUGGUCUUGGGGGAGGUGAACCAUCUCCUGGGGUCCCAUCCUGUCAAGAAAAUGGGCACCCCCUUUGUGCAAACCUAUCGGCCCUAGCUGCCUCUCCAGACACCUGUCUCCUUGUCCCCCUUUUCUCCCCACCUUCAGGGAUGUUGUGAGUCAGGGAAUCCAGGGAAGAACUCCAGGUGUCAGGACCCUAUCUAGAUAAUAUUUUUAGAUUCCUCUGCUCCCUAGUGGCCUGCUUUGGGGCCAAAAAUAAAUUGCAAGGACUUUUUUAAGGGUCAGAGUUUUAAAAACAAAAGCAUCUUCCCUAGAAACUUUUGUGAAUUGUUUGCACUUGUGCCUGUUUUAAAUUAAACUAAGUGUUCAAAACC